CUCUCUAAUGUUCUCUUAUCAUCUUCAUGAUUCUAUAAUUUCUCGCUAUAAUGAAUUUGUGCUGGACCUUGGUUUCAAGCUUUCCAGCAAUCUUGGCCAGGGUUUUCAUAUUGAGAUGGUUUGCUGUAUAUUACUAUUAUUAUACUAUUCAUUAUUCCGGCCAAUUAUCGAGUAUGAUGCCAUCGUAUGGGAUCCCCAUACCAUCGACAAUGCUUACCAAAUUGAAAAAAUGCAGCGUAGGUUCUUGAGAUUCACCAGCUACUUUCUGAACAUUAAUUGUGCACUACAUGACUACACUCCAGUUGCCAACCAAUUUGAGCUACCUACAUCAGUGGAACGCUGGCGUAAUAUGGGUGCAAACUUCUUAAAAGGAUUGUUAACUGGUAUUGUAGAUUACCCGAUCUUACUCUCAUUUACAAAUUUUAGAGUUCCACAAUGCAUCUCACGUUCUUUACUACUUUUCGUGUACCACCAACUACUUAUCUAAUGAGCCGUUAAGACGUAUGAUGCCUAAUUUCAAUACGGACUUCACUUUUC